ACAGCCACGAGUGCAGGCAGUGCAGGCAGCGCCGGGAGUGACAGCUGGUGCCAUCCGCAGCUGGCGGGCUGCAGGCAAACAGGAUGACGAGCGGGUGACGGGAGCGGGGAAGGGGGAGCGUGGCCUCAUACAGGGCCCACAGCCCCUGUUCUGCUGCGGGAGUGACACUGGCAAGAGGGACCCUGGCAAGGAGAGGAGCAUCACCCACCUUCCCAGGAGCAAAGGCACAGAGAAGAUAGAGGCCAUGGUUCUGGUGGGGUUUCCCUCUAUGGGAUGCAGGAGAAGAAUCCUUGCUGCCCAGGCACUGGAGCUGCUGGCUUAGCCCUUGAGGGGGAUGGCGAGUCGAACAGGGCAAAACACCACGGACAGCCUAGAGCUGCUCUCCAUUCCUGAGUACUCCAUUGCCCAGGAGGUGGUGGGCCUCUUCUGCAUGAUCCUGCUCACCCUCACUGCCCUGGUGGCCAACAGCGUAGUGUUGGUCGUCAUUCUCAAAACCCCCCUUUUCAGGAAGUUCAUCUUCGUCUGCCACCUCUGUGUGGUUGAUCUUCUCUCUGCCAUUUUCCUCAUGCCCCUGGGCAUCAUCUCCAGCUCCUCCUGCUUCAACAGGGUGAUCUACAGCAUUGCUGAGUGCAAGGCCUUGAUAUUCCUGAAUAUCUGUUUCAUUAGUGCCUCCAUUCUCACCAUCGCCAUCAUCAGCGUGGAGCGGUACUACUAUAUCGUCCAUCCCCUGAGGUAUGAGGUCAAGAUGACCAUCAGGUUGGCGGUGGCUGGAGUGAUCUUCAUUUGGGUCAAGUCUGCUCUCAUCACUAUCUUGGCACUGGUGGCGUGGCCUCAAGGCAACGGGGCCACCAGUGCCAGCCGCUGCACAGUCUACUGGAGCCCUGGGGCACAUAAGAAGGUUUUUGUGAUACUCUUCAGCAUCACCUGCUUUUUUCUGCCCACCGUCAUCAUCCUUGCUGUCUACAGCAGUGUCUACCGUGUGGCCCGGACGGCGUCCCUACAGCAGGCGCCGAUGCCAGUGCCAGCACAGGCCAUUGCACCCAGACACCGAUGUGACUCCAUCGCCAGCCAAGUGACCAUCAUCAUUGCCAGGAUCCUGCCACUGCCCAAGCUGAUCCCAGAUCGCCUUUUGGGAAGCAACAAGGCCAUCCUCACCUUGGUCCUUAUUGUGGGACAGUUCUUGUGCUGUUGGCUGCCCUUCUUUGCUUUCCACUUGCACUCCUCUGUCACUGUUGGCACUCUGGGUGGUGGGCACGGGGAGAUGGUGGUCACCUGGGUUGCCUACUCCUCCUUUGCCAUCAAUCCCUUCUUCUACGGGCUGCUGAACCGCCAGAUCCGUGAGGAGCUGGCCCGGCUCCGGCGCAGCUGUCUCAACCGGCCGCUCGGUCAGGAGCUCUGUCUUUCCAUCUCAGAGGCUUCUGUCCAGGAAAACUUCUUGCAGUUCCUCCAGAGAGCAACUUGCACACUGGAGACCCACACCAGCUGCAUCAGCCCCAGCCCCAGCCCCCGGAACAGGCUGGACCAGACCACAACAGGCUUCCCCAUCCCAGGUCAAGUUCCUGAACAGAGCAGCUGAGAAGCAGGAGGCUCUGUACCACCAUGCUGGGCAGGAAACCUACCAGGGACCCCUCAGACUU